CCCAUCCCGAAAAACCUCAGCCUUGCAGUGAUUAUGACGGUGUGUUUAACUAUAGAAUUAUUGGUCUGAUGAGCCCACUUUGACGUGAGAUAAUGGCAGAAGGUGGAGAAGAGAGACUACCUGACCUCUAUGAGAAAAUCUGGUCUUGUUGGGAAACGCUGGACAGCACAGAAGAACCGUCAUCCUCAUACAAUGUGCAGAAAACAAUAAUCACAGGAAUAACAGCUGGAAUAAAGGCAAUCAGAAUGGUCAAUGAUCUCUGUCUCUUCAGCACAAAUGAAGAUUUAGAUGAAGUGGCAGCAAAUGAAAUAAAAUACCUUCUCCUGCCUGCUUUCAUGGGUUAUUUUACAGAGAGAAAGACUGUAAAGAAAAUGGAGGAACGAGGAAGUUUGGUCAAAGAGGCAAAAGCAUAUUACAUAGAUUUUCUCAGGAACUGUGACAAUUAUGGAAUAGCUAAGCUUGAUAAGAGAUUGUUGAACCUGACCCCAGAGGCUGACCAAAAGGCAAAACUCUCAGGGGGACCACAAGGUAUGGCAGGUAUGAUGCAGACAAGGGAAGAAAAAAUAAAAAGCUUCAAGGAGAAAAAGGAACUUGAUGCCAGAGUCAAAGAACUCCAUGAUAAAAUGAAGCAGGACCAUGUAGAUGAGGAUGUGAAGAGGGAAUACUAUAUUGGUUUACUAAAAAAAUGGAUUGGAAAUGCAAAAGAGAGUUUAGAUUCUUUACAAGUGGAAGUCACCAUGUUGGAUCUUCGUAGUCAAACACUAAAUGAUGUUGAGGCAGAAAACAAACCCAAGGAGAAGAAAAAGGCACUGCGCCCCUUCAUUAUAACCAAGGACAUGAUUCAGAAGGCUGUGUUUGGUGCAGGAUAUCCCAGUAUUCCGUCAUUGACUAUCGAAGAGUUCUAUGAGCAGAAAGUAAAAGAUGGAACCUUCCAACCGCCUACCUCAAAAGGACACAGUAUGCAGAACUGGGCGCAGGACCCUGAAAAAGACAAAGAGGCCCAGGAGAGGGAAGCAGAGGAAAAGGAGAGGAAAGAAGAGCAGGAUGACCCUGAAGAGAUUCAGAAAACCAGAGCAUUUGAUGAUUGGAAAGAUGAUCAUCGAAGAGGAUGGGGAAACCGGAAAAAUAUGGGAUGAAAAAAUUGGAAUUCCGAACAAGGAAAAGUCACAGACUUUGCUGCUGCAGUCUCUAUGCUACAUCUGUGUCAGUUUUCCGGAUUCCUGAAUGUGCUCUCCAGUAAUCAAGAACAUCGCAACAAUCGGAGUCAAGAGGAUGAAAAAAUGAUGUUUUAUACAAGUGUGGACAUUAACAUGAACUUAUGAGGAAGUUUAGUUUAAGACCUUUCGCCUGUGAUAAAAAAUAUACACUGAUUCAAUAAAUCACUUUGCUUAGA